AUGGCUCUUGCAAACAAGAAGGUAGAGAAGCUCGAUCGUCCCGACGAAUACCAGAAGAUAUUCCAUGAAGCUGGGCAGAGACGCAGAAAGAUGGCGCUGUGCCCUCUUUGCGACCCGCAAGAACGAUCCCUACGAGGCAAGCAGCAUUUGCUCCUGUAUGUCUCGGUGAAAUUCGCUGACUCUGUUGCAGUAUCAAGCCGGGUUCAACAACCAGAGACACAGAAAUCUGACUUGACUCGAACCAAACAGACAAACUUGCCUGACAACACAAACACCGAAGCCAACUUCCUUCCAAUCAACCCGCGCGUUAAUGUCUCGCCAACUCAACUUGCCUGGCUGCCCUUUGAUGUUCCCGAAACGAAACACGACUUUGUNGGGGGCCUCUGUUCUAUUGCUGGAUCGGGCGACCCAACUCUGAGAGAAGGUCUGGCGACACAUGUCUUUACGGCUAAUGUCUCCAUGGAGAACAAAGCAUUUGUCAACUCUGAUGGCGACUUCUUGAUUGUGGCUCAGCAGGGCGCGCUCGACAUUCAAACCGAGUUCGGAAAAUUGUACGUCCAACCAGGAGAGAUUUGUGUCAUCCAACGAGGCCAGCGAUUCAAGGUUGGCGUCGAAGGGCCAACUAGAGGCUACAUCCUCGAGAUUUGGGGUGCAAACUUCGAGCUGCCAGAACUCGGUGCGAUUGGUGCCAAUGGAUUGGCCAACGCUAGAGACUUCNNCCUCACCCCGGUUGCGUACUACACGGUCACCAAAGACGACCCGUGGAAGAUUGUGUACAAGCUCGGUGGCAAGUUCUUCGAAAGCAAACAAAACCACUGCCCCUUCGAUGUGGUCGCCUGGCACGGAAACUAUNNGCCUUACAAAUACGACUUGACCAAGUUCGUCAACAUUGGAAGCAUCAGCGUCGAUCACAUCGACCCGUCCAUCUUCUGCGUCUUGACAGCUCGUUCGCGCGACCCAGCAGCUCCUCUAGCCGACUUCCUCAUCUUUUCUCCUCGCUGGGAUGUCGCCUCAAACACGUACCGCCCACCAUACUACCAUCGCAACGUCGCUUCCGAGUUGAUGGGACUCAUCUACGGCGAGUACGCUGGCCGUAGCGAUGAGUUCCAACCCGGAGGUGUCAGUUUCGAAUGCGGUAUGGUGCCUCACGGUGUGGCGUAUCAAGAGUUCAAGGCCGCUUCCGCACAGCCUCCUCCAGAGAUGCGCAUCUCUGAAGGUGCAGUAGCUUUCAUGUUUGAGAGCUCUAGGCCCUUCACCGUGACGGAUUGGGCUAUGAAGAGCGAUAAGCUCCACGAGCACGAUCCCAAGAUGUGGGACGAUUUGGUUGACAACUUCUCAACACACAAGGACGAGAUUGACGAGAUCUUGAAGAAAGCGGGGAAGCUCAGCUUGUAG